AAGAAGAUUCAAUUCAGAAAGGAGGCAGAUCUGUUUUUCUCUGUUGAAGUCGGAUUGAUCUGAUCGGAGCUAUUGUGGAGGGAUAUACUGCAAUUGCACGGUGGUAAUGGCUUCGGUUCCGCCUGAAAACGGCGUGGACGGAGAUGACGAAAGAGAGGAAGAAGAAGAAGAGGAGGAGGAGGAGGAAGAAGAAGAAGAAGAGAACGGAGAUGAGGCUGAGGAGGAGCCACGCCUGAAAUAUCAGCGGAUGGGUGGCAACGUGCCUACGUUGCUAUCUAACGACGCUGCUUCCUGCAUCGCUGUUGCUGCAAGGAUGAUCGCGCUUGGUACACACGACGGAACCGUGCAUAUCCUCGAUUUCUUGGGGAAUCAGGUUAAAGAAUUUCGUGCCCACACUGCUCCGGUUAAUGACCUCAACUUUGACACAGAGGGAGAGUAUAUUGGAAGCUGUUCAGACGAUGGUUCUGUUGUUAUAAACAGCCUUUUCACUGAUGAUGAGAAGAUGAAAUUUGAUUAUCAUCGUCCCAUGAAGGCCAUUUCCUUGGAUCCAGAUUAUACUAAAAAUCAAUCUAAGAGAUUUGUUGCUGGUGGCUUGGCUGGUCACUUGUAUAUGAACUCCAAGAAGUGGUUCGGUAAUAAAGACCAGGUGCUGCAUUCUGGGGAAGGUCCAAUCCAUUCUGUGAAAUGGAGAGGAAGUCUCAUCGCCUGGGCUAAUGAUGUUGGUGUUAAGGUGUAUGAUACAGCCAAAGAUCAGCGUGUUACAUUUAUUGAAAAACCGCGAGGAAGUCCCAGGCCUGAGGCUUUACUUCCCCACUUGGUUUGGCAGGAUGACACUCUUCUUGUGAUUGGUUGGGGGACAUCAGUUAAAAUUGCUUCGAUUAAAUCAGACCAGCAACAAUCUGGAACUUUUAGGCAUAUUCAGAUGUCUAGUCUAACCCAAGUAGAUAUUGUGGCAUCUUUCCAAACCAGCUAUUACAUUUCAGGGAUUGCUCCCUUUGGUGAUUCUCUGGUUAUUCUUGCUUAUAUACCCAUUGAAGGAGAUGGUGAGAAGGAAUUUAGCAGCACCACUACUCUAUCGCGUCAGGGAAAUGCCCAGAGACCUGAAAUACGCAUUGUAUCAUGGAACAAUGAUGAACUUACAAUGGAUGCUCUUCCUGUACACGGCUUUGAGCAUUACAAGGCGAAAGACUAUUCCCUUGCUCAUGCUCCUUUCCCAGGUAGUAGCUACGCUGGGGGACAGUGGGCAGCUGGUGAUGAACCACUGUACUAUAUUGUUUCUCCAAAGGAUGUUGUGAUUGCCAAACCCAGGGAUGCUGAAGAUCACAUUAACUGGCUUUUGCAACAUGGAUUCCACGAGAAAGCCCUAGCAGCUGUUGAGGCUAGUGAAGGACGAACCGAACUAAUUGAUAAGGUGGGAGCUGGGUAUCUUGAUCAUUUGAUUGUGGAAAGAAAAUAUGCUGAAGCAGCAUCUUUAUGCCCCAAAUUGUUACGAGGAUCUGCUUCAGCCUGGGAGAGGUGGGUUUUCCAUUUUGCUCAACUACGCCAGCUUCCUGUUCUUGUCCCAUAUAUGCCUACGGAUAACCCAAGGCUUAAGGAUACUGUGUAUGAGGUUGCUCUUGUUGCGCUGGCAACCAAUCCCUCAUACCACAAGGAGCUUUUGUCAGCUGUUAAAUCUUGGCCACGUUCAGUAUAUUCUGCUUUGACUGUUAUCUCAGCAAUAGAGCCUCAACUGAACACAUCUUCAAUGACAGAUGCCCUCAAAGAGGCGCUGGCAGAGCUGUAUGUAAUUGAUGGACAGUAUCAGAAAGCCUUCUCCCUAUAUGCUGAUCUUCUCAAACCAGAAGUGUUUGACUUCAUUGAGAAAUACAGCUUGCAUGAGGCGAUUCGCGGAAAGGUGGUCCAGUUAAUGUUGCUUGAUUGCAAGCGUGCCACUGUCUUAUUUAUCCAAAAGAGGGAUUUGAUUCCUCCAUCUGAAGUUGUUCCACAACUUCUGAAAGCUGCCAAAAAUCCACAACUUCUGAAAGCUGGCAAAAAAUGUGAUUCAAGAUAUUACUUGUACUUAUAUCUGCAUGCAUUAUUUGAAGUCAGUCAUGAUACUGGGAAGGAUUUUCAUGAUAUGCAGGUAGAACUCUAUGCAGAAUACGAUACUAAGAUGCUACUUCCGUUCCUACGUAGCAGUCAACAUUACAAGUUAGAAAAGGCAUAUGAGCUUUGUGUCAAGAAAGAUUUUUUAAGAGAGCAAGUGUUUGUCCUGGGAAGGAUGGGAAAUGCAAAACAAGCUCUUGCAGUCAUCAUAAAUAAACUGGGGGAUAUAGAAGAGGCUGUGGAAUUUGUGUCCAUGCAGCACGAUGAUGAUCUAUGGGAAGAGCUGAUUAAACAAUGUCUAAACAAGCCUGAGAUGGUGGGCUUGCUGUUGGAGCACACAGUUGGCAAUCUCGACCCUCUUUACAUUGUAAAUAUGGUCCCAAAUGGCUUGGAAAUACCUCGAUUAAGGGAUCGAUUGGUCAAAAUCGUUACAGAUUACAGAACUGAGACAUCUCUUAGACACGGUUGCAAUGACAUUCUCAAGACGGAUAUUGUUAAUCUUCUCGUCAAGUGCUUCAACGAGGCUAGGCGCGGGGUCUGCCUAAGCCAUGAAGACGACGAUUCCCGUGCGAAGAGAGAAGACAAUAAUCGCUCAUUCUCGCAGAGAAUGGUAGUAGAUAAAUCUUUGAGCAUAAAGAUGACAGAGGUGAAGUCGAAGACACGGGGGGACACACGGUGUUGUAUGUGCUUCGACCCGGUCUCGAUAAGAGGGGACACCGUAGUGGUCUUCUUCUGCUGCCAUGCUUACCACGAGACGUGCCUCAUGGAUGCUGCCUUCAGUAACAGCAAUAACAAGACAACGAAAGGUUCUUCGGGGUAUGAAUACAGCUACGAUAAUGGUGUGGAUGAGGAGGAGGAAGAGGAUGAGGAAGAAGAUGAGGAUGGUGACGGAGACAGACCUGGGCGGUCGCGUUUACGGUGCAUAUUAUGUACUACUGCUGCCGCUGCGUCUGCUCGGUAGCGAUCCCUUUUGUGCAUGUGUUUGUGAAGUAUUUUUGGUGUGGUUCGAAAUUUUUUUAAAAAAUUUUUUAAAGAAGAAAAUGUUCAUUGUUUG